GGAGCAGCGCGGAGGUAGGGCCGGGGCGGCGGGAGGCCGAGGAGUGGGGUCGGGCAGCAGGAGCGCCCGGCAACCCGCGGAGCUUUGCAGCCCCAGUCCCAGACAUGGCACCUGGGAAGCCUGGGAAGAGCGCAGGGGCCUCGGAGAACUCCUCAGUUACACUUUUCCGGGAGUACCUGAGGAUUGACACUGUCCACCCCAAACCUGACUAUGAUGCAGCUGUCCAGUUUCUGGAGCGCAUUGGCACCGACCUGGGCUUGGCCUGCCAAAAAGUGGAGGUGUGCCAGGGCCGUGUGGUGCUGAUCCUGACCUGGCAGGGCACAAACCCCCGCCUGCGCUCCAUCCUCCUCAACUCCCACACUGAUGUCGUGCCCGUCUUCGAGGAGCACUGGACUUACCCACCCUUCGAGGCUGUUAAGGACUCGCAAGGCAACAUCUACGCCCGGGGUGCCCAGGACAUGAAGUGUGUCUCCAUCCAGUACCUUGAGGCCAUCCGGAGGCUAAAGGCAGAGGGAAAGUCUUUUGCCCGCACCAUCCACCUCACCUUUGUGCCUGAUGAGGAGGUGGGUGGACACAAGGGCAUGGAGAUGUUCGUGCAGCGUCCCGAGUUCAAAGCGCUCAACGUGGGCUUUGCCAUGGAUGAGGGCCUGGCCAGCCCAUCUGACACCUUCAGUGUCUUCUAUGGCGAGAGGAGCCCAUGGUGGAUAAAAGUGAAGUGCAUGGGUAGCCCCGGGCAUGGGUCCCGCUUCAUCAGCAACACGGCGGCCGAGAAGAUGCAAAAAGUCAUCAACUCCUUCCUGGCCUUCAGGGAGAGUGAGAAGCAGAGGCUCAAGACUGACUCAAGCCUGACCCUGGGGGACGUCACCUCGCUCAACAUGACCAUGCUGGAGGGGGGUGUCUCCUUCAACGUGGUGCCCUCGGAGAUGGCUGCCAGCUUCGACAUCCGCAUCCCGCCCACCGUGGACCUGAAGGCCUUCGAGGAGCAGGUGGCCAAGUGGUGCCGUGGUGCUGGGGAUGGUGUCACUUAUGAGUUUCACCAGAAAUGCAUGGACCAACACAUAACCUCCACUGACGAGUCGGACCCAUGGUGGAAGGCCUUCAGUGGGGUCUGUAGGGACAUGAAACUGCAGCUCAAGCUCGAGAUCUUCCCGGCUGCCACCGACAGCCGCUACAUCCGAGCGGCAGGGCACCCCGCUAUCGGCUUCUCGCCCAUGAACCGCACACCGGUGCUGCUCCAUGACCACAACGAGUUCCUCAACGAGCAAGUCUUCCUGCGGGGCAUCGAGAUCUACGCCCGCCUCCUGAGCGCCCUGGCCUCGGUGCCCCCGCUGCCUGCCGAGGGCUGAGCGCCCGGCCAGGGGCAGGACAGGGGGUGCUGAGCAGCAGGACGCAAGGCUUUGAAAAGGGGGCAAGGAGUGGGCACAGCAAAUGCCUGCUGGUGUUCCGGGGAUGCAGAUGGAGUCAUACCGUGUUGGCUGUGUUCAGGGCUGGCCUGCUGGUGAUACCCGAGGGGUUGUGUCUGCCUUGCCCACGUGCCAGCAGAGCCUUGUGUCCAGGUGCCUCCAGCCUUUCCUGGUGUCGGCAGUGCCUCCCACUGUCCCUGUUCCACCUCUGGCUGCAAGGGCUGGAUGGUGAGGGGCUGGCCAGUGGCCCGCUCUGCCUGCCCACACCUUGUCCUGCCUCCCUGCCUGCUUGCCAGAGGAGCCAGGGCCAAAUGCCACCCGUCUUCUCUGUGCAAGUCAAUAAAUCUCCUUGGUAAGC